GGCAGAUCCCACGAGAGGCAGCAGCAUCACACCUCCGCGGAAUAUCGACCAUCAUCGCGCAGCUCUCGCACCGCAUCUUUGCUGGAUGCCCACCUUCGGAUUUAAGUUGAAAGGCAAAUAGACGCGGGAAAAACCGACCGACUUGUUGCUGCAGCCUCCGCCUCCAUGGGCGGCGCAUCGUCGAAGGAGCGCUUUGAGCGGGCGGCCACCACAGGCACCCUGACAGUGGAUGACAAGAGAAUGCGGUCCUGGUCCCGACUGAUGAAGGGGUUGGUUUCGCUGCCCAAGUUGCGCUCCAUGACAGUGAGCGGCACCCGCCUCGAUGCCCCAAUCCCGCCUUCGUUCGUGAAGUUGUCGUUGUGGAGCUCGUUGGCAUAUCUGGACCUGUCCCACAAUAGACUUACCUGCGUCUGCGCUUUAGGCGGCGUCGCUUGUCUUUCAAAGACACACGCAAAGCACGCGGAGGACUUCAUUCGACAAAGCUCAGACGCACCGGCACCGUCGAGCGCCGACCCGCUUCCUCUAGAAUCGUUGAACCUAUCCGGCAACGUCUUACAUCUUUUGCCUCCUUUCUUGUCGCGGCGCUUUCCUCGCCUGCGCCGCCUUGUGUGCGCCGACAACGCGCAGCCCCUCGUCAUCCCCUUCUCUUUAACCCACUGCUUGGGCGUGAGUGCCUCGCUCGAAGCCCUCGACCUGCGUAGCAACGGAUUGGAGAAGUUCACGGUGGCGGAGGACACCGUGGAGUCGCCGUUUGAGGCACUGCGCGAGCUGCUGCUGGACCACAAUGAACUCGGUGGGACGCUGACGCUGGGCUUAAAAGGCGAUAAGGCGUUUCCGAUCUUGCCUUCCUUGAAGCGGCUGAGCGUCGAGGACCAGCAAGGCAAGCAGCCGCUGCAGGCGGUCGACCCGACCAUCUUCGUGCACUGCCCAGGACUCAACUCCUUGUCGCUGCGAGGUAACCGAAACGAAGAACAAAUUCGAGCCGCGUUGGGUGCGUUAGACGUCUACCGCCGCUGGCAGGAGAGGAACGCGGAUAUCAUCAACAAGAAGAUUGGCGCCGGUGGAAGCGCAGAGUUGAUGCGCUAA